AUGAUUCAAGAUCGCAAAAGACUCGACAACGCACAGAUUGCCGAAGCUGUCCGGUCGAAUCUCAAGGGCCUUGGAACUGUGUUAUCCCCCGCUAACUGUAUCGGCCGCCGACGAAGCAUUACCCUACCUAUGCUAGAAGCUCUCCACGAACAUCGUUUCGAGCAGUCCGAUCUAUACCAGGAUGAAAUGGUGGCGGCUUGGUGGGCUGAGUUCCGUGUGCCGGUGACAAUCUACAGCAUGGCAGAGCCCUAG